AUGGCAACCAAUGAUGAUCUUGAUGAUUUCUUUAAAAAGAAAGAUCGAAAGGGUAACAAACAUAAAAAGCCAGCUGGUUUAUUAACCAAUAAUGAAGAACUACUCAAACAAUUAGUCAUUGUUACAUCGGCUACAUCAGCAUUUAAAGAAAAUAUGGAUUUCGACGACGACGAAGAAGAAGAAGCGAGCGUUAAUAAUCAAAAUCGUCGUCCAAUUGUUGAAGAAUCAAAUGGUAUUAUUCAUGAUGGUAAUCAUACAGCUGUAAACAAAACUCAAACAAAUUCAACAUCAAUUAAUAAAACUAAAAAUUCAACUAAAUUAACCGUACAAGACAAUCAUAAUAAUAUCAAUGAACAACAACAACAACCUGCUAGUGGACAACAGGAUGAAUGGGAAGAAUUUGAAAAUUCAAAUCCAAAAUAUGAUAAAUUACGUUUAAAAUUUUCACGCGGUACUAAUGAUCAAAUUCAUUCGGAUGAAGAUAAAGAUGAUGAUUAUUAUGAUGAUGAUGGUCACAAUACAAAUAAUCAUGCUCUAAAUACUAAUGAUAAUACAAAUAAUAUUGGUGAUGAUAACGAUGAACAAGCGGCACGUAAUAAUCGACGUCGUGAGCAACUAAAAGAUAAGCCUGUUUGGAAAUUGGAUCAAGUUAAACAAGCAGAACCAAUACAAACAAUUGAAGUAAAUAAUUCAACUGCUGAUAAAGUUGCCGAAUUACCACCAUCGACAUCAGCAACACCGAAUGUUUAUCGACCACCACAAUUACGUGGCAAUGCAUCAGUUACUGUUGUUAGUGGCGUUAAUCAGCGACCAUCGAAAAAAGAAAAACCAAAUUUAGCUUCAAAUGAAGAUUUUCCAACACUUGGAGCAGCUGUCAAUAAGAAAUAA